UGGUGGCCGGUGCGUGGUGUCAGUGCAGGCGAUGCGUGGCGCCACGGCGCGGUGGUAGCGCGACCCGGGCGGCAGUCGCUCGCUGCAAGCCGCCGGCGCGGGUCGUUCCCGCCCGAUCGUACUCGCGCGUAUGUUGAGCUCGAUACCACCACCAGGUGCAAAACUUCAGCGUUAAACUUUAAACAUUUCUGUAUCAAUUUGAUCCGAUUGCAUAUAAAGUGCUCGUGAAACUCUUAAUUUUUAAACUUUAAAGUGCCUGAAUCGUUAGUACUAAUAGAAACUGAAAACCCCCGUUAACUGUUAAUGUCCGUGUUAAUAAGGUUGUGUUUUUAAUCUAUACUUUGUAUGAAAUAAGGCAGUUUUUACUGAACGUGCUCAUCAAUCAUCAUAUAAUGAUAUGAAGUGAUGGAGGCGCUCCCACUGCUUAGCGACGCGGUGGGUCGCGGGCUGCUGGUCCGCGGUUGCGCGGGCGCAUAGUGCGGCGCGGUGGCGGGUGCGCGCGGCGUUGCGGCGGCGCAUGCACGCCACUGGCCACACGGACCGCUCGGGCGGCGGCGGCGGCGGCGGCUCCUGGCGCCUCCCGCCCGACGAGACCCUGCAAGUCGCCGACCCCAAGUCUGCCAAGGAAGAGGAUCUAUACCCCGGAGAUGGACACAACUGGCGAAGCAUCAUAUUCUCUUUGAUGGUCAUAAGUUUCGUCAUCGCCGGAAUCGUUACAGCUAUUUAUCUAUUGGGAUAUGUGGACGAGCUGCUAUACUGGUCGGGUCGUCGUAUGCGCUUGGACGAAUUCCUCCGCGGUGACCUGGCCGGCGACCGGCUGCCCACCAUCUGGGUCAGCUCGCACCAGCUCGUGUAUCAGGCGGACGACGGGGGCCUGCUCGCGUUGGACACCUUUAACAACACCCUGUCUGUGCUAGUCACGAACCACACUUUGGUAAGUCUCUUGUCGAGUGCACAGAACUAUUUAAAUGCAAAAUUACAUUUGUAGGUACCUACUACACGUAAUUUUCUGUUUAAUUUACAGGUAUACAGGCGGACUUUUACGGCGCACUACACCGUUUAUGACGUCACAAAUGACCACCACAUCCCGUUAUUCGGCGAAGGCCAAGGCAGCUGGGAAUGGCAGCACGCGGCGUGGCUCGGCACGGAAGGGGCGCUGGUGCUCGCGGCGGACAACGAGGUGCUGGCCCGGCCCGCGCCCCCGGCGAGACGGGCGCCGCUCCUGCGCCUCACUAAGGACGCCAACCCGGGAAACGUGUAUAAUGGCGUCUCGGAUUGGUUAUAUCAAGAGGAGGUGACAAAAACCGCAUCAGCGACCUGGGGUUCGUCCGACGGUGCCUUUAUUAUGUACGUCCGCUACGACGACAGCCUGGUGUCGGAGCUGCGUCUGCCGCGCAUCUCUGAAGGCAUCGGGGGUGCGGUGGCUGCGAGGUCCGGCUUCCUCCUGCCGGCGAUUAACAACAGCAUCCCGAAUGUCUACCCUGACCAUAUAAGUGUUAAAUAUCCUACACCUGGCAGCUCGAUCCCGAAAGCUAGACUGUGGAUAGUGGAAGUUCAAAAUGUAACCUCACCACCUCGGUGGGAGGUAAAACCUCCUAGUACCUUAGAUGGAAUGGAAUAUUAUCUCAUAUCAGCCCAAUGGGUGGGCAAAGAAAACUCGCAUGUAGGUGUUGUGUGGAUGAAUCGAGCGCAAAAUCUUACCGUAUAUAGCAGUUGUUAUGCACCCAAUUGGACAUGUACUGAGACGCAUUCAGAAAAAGCUACAGAUGAACCCUGGCUAGAAGUUCACCAAAAACCUGUCUACUCUGAAGACGGUAGUGCCUUCCUCCUCUUAGCCGCCGUACAAGAAGGCGGGGGACAAUAUUAUACGCAUAUCAAACAUGUGGAUGUGUUGCGUCAACGUAUAGCUGUACUCUCACAUGGUAAAGUGGAAGUCGCUGAAAUCCUGGCGUGGGACCAGGAGAACCACUUAGUGUAUUAUUUAGGUUUAGACAAAGAAAAAUUGUACAUACCUAAACUGCAUCCUGAUAUGGUCAAGGAAUCAAAUCAAAGUAGUGCUGAUAGACCAGGCCAAAGGCAAGUGUAUGUAGUGCGAGAUCCAAGUUACGGAGGUGGAAGUAACUCGGUUAGAGCUCGGGCAGAACGUGAGGAGCCGCGUUGCCUUACUUGUGAAUUAGCAGUUUGGCCUGCACGUCUACAUUAUGCUAAUUGUACAUUUUGGAGUGCAACUUUUUCGCCAGCCAAACCCAAAGUUGGUAUAACGCAUUAUGUAUUAGAAUGUGGAGGACCAGGCCCACCUUUAGCGGGACUCCAUGACGCUAGAACUCAUAAAUUAGAAAGAAUAUUAUAUGACACGAGGCCUUAUAGAUCUGUACGAUUACGUGAAUUAGCCUUACCCACUCGGCGUUCAUUUGAUGUACAAUUAAGCAGUGGUUCAAAAGCACGCGUUCAACUGUUAUUGCCUCCCUCUUGGCGUGAGGAACUACGUGACGCUGCGUUUCCAGUACUUGUCCAUGUCGACGGCAGGCCCGGCAGCCAGCAAGUGACAGACAAGUUCGUGGUGGACUGGGGCACGUACAUGUCGUCGCGGAAUGACGUGGUGUACGUGAAGCUGGACGUGGCGGGCGCGAGGGGGCUGCCGCGCGCGCUGCUGCGGGGCCGCCUGGGCGGGGUCGAGGUGGCGGAUCAGUUGGCUGUUAUUAGAUAUUUAUUAGAAACCUUUAAGUUUUUGGAUGUAACGCGAGUGGCCGUGUGGGGCUGGGGUUAUGGAGGCUAUGUCACCUCUAUGUUGCUUGGCUCCCAGCAGGCUACUCUUAAAUGCGGCAUCGCUGUGUCACCAAUUACAGAUUGGCUAUACUACAAUGCCGCAUUCACGGAGCGCAUCCUGGGCCAGCCGUCCGUGAACUACAAGGGCUACGUGGAGGCGGACGCGUCGCAGCGCGCGCACCACGUGCCGCCGCACGCGCUGUACCUCGUGCACGGCAUGGCCGACAUGAGCGCGCCCUACCCGCACGCGCUGCAGCUGGCCCGCGCUCUCACUGACGCCGGGGUGUUGUUCCGAUAUCAGGUAUACGCAGACGAGGGUCAUGACCUGAAAGGUGUCAUAGAACAUGUAUAUCGGUCUAUGGAAGACUAUUUACGCGAGUGCCUAUCUCUCGACCCAGAAGACACCAAGCUGCCUCCACCCGAUAGAUAAUUAUCCGACUGCUGUAAUCUUCGAUAGAAAUAAGUUUUAUCUAAGAAAUAAAUCUUCUUUAUAUGCAGAAACUUAACAUCUUAUUUGCAGAAUAUAAUUAAAUUCGUACUCAGCAAUAACUUGUAACGUAUCAAUUACCAAAUAUACGUAUAAUGUUUUGUCAUAAUUUUCUUUGUAAAUAUGUACAAAUAGUGCUUUAUAAUGUGUUCCCUUUAAUUGUUUAGCUGGUUAAAUUGACUGUUUUAGAGUAAUAUGUGAAGGCUAAUUGUGAUUAGAAUAGUCAAUAGAGUCGGUUCUAUAGCAGUGGAUUGCAUGACAUGUUGGAAUGAUAAGUACUAAAUUAGUUUUGUUAUAAGUUAAAUUACUAAAUUAGAAACAAAUCGAGCUAAACUUAAAACUACUUAAAUAUUAUUCCUAUAAGAAAAUAUUUCGUCAUCGUUUUAGGAGCUUAAGACUAAUUACAUUUAAUUUUAUAAAUAUACCAAAAUAAAAAAUGAAAUUUUAAAGACAUGUUAAUUUUUAUUGUUAUUUAUAUAUGUUGAGUGUUUACCGACUUAUAUGAAAAUAUUAGUUUGUUACAGAAAUACAAAUCUAACGAAAGAGUUUCCUCAUGGCUCUUGGAUCCUAAAGCUUUUCACUUGCACAGUGCACUACUAUAUCGUCAAAUUAGUAUAAAAUAAUUUGUGUACAACCUUAAAGGGUAUAAAUUAAUAAACCCCAGAACUUAAGCGUGUUUUCUUCCUGUGUAUUACUUACUAUAAGAGCUCUUUUUUAUAUACUUGUGAUCAUAUUAAUGCAUGUAGCACCUCGAGCUUCUUCACUUAGGCUUUAUUCCAUUUUCUACAAAUUAUCGCCUGAGAUAGGAAUUCUACACUUCUUAUAAAAUAAGGUCGCUUAUGAAAUAAUUAUCAAAAUUUUGGCUUUAUUUCCCAAGUAAUUAAAAUGAUUCAUAUAUAACAAUAUUUUAAAACUCAUCAUCAAUCCAAUCACGAUAAUUAACAAUGAGCUUAACUUUUAGGAAAUUCUAGAGCAUUUUGAAGAUUUAGUAAUUUUAAAGAGUCCGUUUUUAUUAUUUUAGGAAAUAGUUACUGCUAUCUAUUGUUAACGUUACCCCUUGUGCUAAACAAAAACCUUAAACUGUUAUAAUUACAUCAAUUUAAGGAAAUUUGUAAUGUUAAGGGAAAAAGUGUCCUUGAUCAUGCUCGGCUUUUGUGUCACACAUCAUAAAUAGGUUUUCCUCUUUUAUUUUGUAAGCUAAACCAUAAAAUUGAUAAAGUUAAAAAUUAAAUACAAAUAAUUUUAACUAAAUUUGUAAAAACAUUUGUUAAUAAGUAUCAAUUGUUUAUGAAGAAUGAAUGUGUACAAAGUAAAUUAGACAUUAUGCCACGUGUAUUUUGAUCUAUUAUAGUUCACCUUCAAAUUUAUCAUUGUUAACUUUAAUUUAAAUCAACCCUAUUGGUGUGUUGUGCACAUGAAUAUACCAAUAAACUUUUUUGUAAGUACCUAUUAUCAUAUAAUUCUUUAAAGUCCGCUCUAGAAAAAAAAUAAGUGCCGAAGGAAAAAGCUACGUAGAAUGUCGACGGUCUAUAGAUAAUGUUGUUAAUUCGGCAGUAAAUGUAUUUGAAUAAUUAAAUAAUUAUUAGGUAACUCGUUGUUGUUGUAUAGAUAUGAAUGUCUACCAGUAUUUGUUAAGUGUUAUCAAAUAAAUUCAUAGACGCAUAUCGUACAUUCCAUGUUUGUGAAGACUGCCAAUUUGGUCUAAAUUUUACAAUUAAAAUAGCUACGAUAUGUCGAUGAAAUUAAUUUCAAUUGCCGUAAUGGUCUUAAGGAUGCUGUGAUUCUUCUAUUGCGUAAUUUUACCAAUAUUGUAUUAAAAUAUAUUAGAUAAAUUAUAAAAAAAUGUAAUAUCUUCAUUUUACAUAUACGUAGGGCCUAGGCAGAUCGAAUUCGUUGUAAUUAUUAAAAGUAAUCUAAGAUUAACGUUACUUUAGAUAUUUUGAAAUUCUAUGAAAAAAUAAUAAUAUUGAUAUUUGCUUUAUUCACCAUAAAUAUAUGACAAUGAUAGACAAUAUAUAUUGAAUUCUACGUAUACAUCACACAACAUAUGAAAUUUAAUCAAAUUUUAUAGAUAAUAUAAUACGAGAGAGUUUGGAAACCGGGUGCUUUAAAUUUUACAUCAUGUUAAAUUAAUUGAUUUCAUUAGCAAAAUCUUUUAAGUAGAUAGUUAUAGUUGGUUAGGUACAUCGUCAGGUUAAAACGAAUAACACCAUUAUUCAUUUAAAAUUCAAGUGUUUUAAAUUUGGAUGAUCAGUAAAGUUAUCUUAAAUAAUUGAUAUCAACAAAACAAUAUUAUUAUGAUAUUCAUAAGAAACUGAGAAUAACACCAAAUACGUUCAUUAGAAAUAUGAUAAUUAAAAUUGUAUACCAUGACCAUGACUAUUAGAAAAUUGACAUUUUGUUUUGCUAAGCCUUCUUUAUUUUCUAAACGUCCCUUAGUCUUCCAAUUAGCGAAUGCUUCCAGACCAUACAAAUAAUGGUUAAAACAGGAAUAUAGGAACUAUGUGAUGACUAUGUCAAUUAUUUCCUUACUCCAACUGAUCAGCUAAAAUUGUAUUUCAAAUUUUAAUGACAUCUCGUCUGAUUAAUUAGUUUAGGUUCACCCUAGGUUUCUCGGAGUCUAAUGGAUGUGUCGUAUUCAAUGUGAGUAAAUGCAGUGCCGUUAGAGACACUCAUGCUUAAAUUUACUGUACUCGACAAGUACAACAUGAAUCUUUAUUACCUACCUAAAAAGGAUCAGAGAUAUUAAUGACAAGUAAAUAUUAUUCUCGACCAUCUGGAUUCGUAAUUAUCUAAAUCUGGGUUAUAUCGAUGAGUACAGUUAAACCUUAAGCAGUCCAAAACUUACCUUUACAUAUUGGUAACUUUAGAAUGUCGCGAAUUGCUACUUAGUGGUUAGAAUGAUGGUAUGGACAAUGUUGAAUACAAUAAUAAAAUUAAAGAACUAUAAGUAAAGCUCCUAUUCAUUACUCGGUUAUUCUCAUCAAUUGACCCUUUUAAUAAUUACUUAAGCUUAAUAAACCUGAAAAUAAAACGCUUAUUAUUGUGUUCAAUAUUGGCGCUUGAUUGAAAUUGAGGUCUCUAUAAAUUAUAUGUUAGUGUUAAUCUUAUUGUCUCGUUUAAGAGUUGCAGUGUUGUAUAGUUUCAUUUGUAAAUUCUAAGAUUAUUCUGUUAUUAAUGUAAAUUUUCUUUAAACAAAUAAAAUUUUCAUAAUCGUUCA